AUGUAUCAAACAGAUUGUGUUGGAACGCAGGAAGCAGACAUCUCUAUAGGACCCAUCAGUCUAACUGCCACUCGUGCUGAGGCGGCAGAUUUUGCUUGGCCAAUGUGGUAUGAUGGUUCUGGGAUAUUAGCAGGUCUGGGAACACCAGAAAUUGACACAUGGGGAUUCCUGCUUCCCUUAACUCCAGUGGUAUGGGUGGCACUGCUUGUGGCACUAUUGGCAGCGUCACUGGUAAAGACUCGACCAUCAUCAAACAUCUCACUUAAGACUUUCCCGUUGGACACCUGGCUAUCCAACACCUUUGAAUUUAUCCGCGUUUUAUUGCAACAAGGUUGGGUGGCCUCGUACCGGUGGACGGAACGUUUCUUACUGGUGGUGUGGAUGAUGGUGACGCUGGUGUUAACACGGAGUUACUCUGGCAACCUCAUGGCUCUCCUAGCAGUGAGACACAUCUCUCAACCUUACCAGUCACUACAAGAUGUUCUCGAUGAUCCAUCAGCAAUUAUGAUGUGGCAAAGAAACUCAAUAAAUGCAGAGUACCUUCAAGUUGUUAAAUCCGGCUUGCUAUACAAGGUAGCAAACUUGGAGAGUAAGUCUCGCCUGUUGUAUGUGAGCCAGGGAGAGUACAACACGCUGCUGGACUCAGUGGUGAGGCGAGGACAUCAUGUACUCUUUGACGUGGGCGUCACACUCAGGAACUUAAUGGCUCAACACUACUCACGCACAGGGAAAUGUGACUUCUACACGUCGAGGGAGACGUACUUAGCUUUCUCAGCUUCAGUUAUAAGCCAGAAAGACAACCCUAUUUUACCUGCCUUAAAAUACAGCUAUGUGUCCAUGGGAGUGCAAGACACGAUCUCGGAGUAUGCAACAUAUGUCACGCCCAUCUCGGAGUAUGCAACACAUGUCAUACCCAUCUCGGAGUAUGCAACAUGUGUGUGUCAGUAA